AUGCAACUGUGACUACAAUACUUUCAAUAAUCACUGUCAACACCAGAAAUCUAUAGUAUAUGUGACGUAAAUUAUUUAUAUCUUAGCAUCGGAUAUAUAAAUAUGCUUAAAUGUUGUCGUCAUGAUUUAAUGAUAAAAUAUGACAAAGACAAAACUAAGGCAUUGACUUUCGAAGUCUUAACUUUGAUAUUGAUCAUCGAUGAUAGCAGAGUAGUACUGUUGAAAUCGAUUUAGCGAUCAUCAAUCGAACGGGUAUACUUAAUCGAGUGAUACAUUUUAUACGUUUUUGUUUUUAAUUCUCUUUUAUGUUCACUAUAUUAUUGAAAAAUAACGCUACACGCAAUAACACCGUAACUGCAAAUUUUUGAAAGUAAAAAAGAGCGAGACGAAGGUGCAAAUAGGUAGAUUGCGCAACUGGUUCCGAAAUUAAGAUAUUCGAAACCUACUCUAAAAGGUAGAUAUAAAUAUUUAUUAAUUGCGGAAGGAAAGAAAAAACUGCUGUGAUUGAAAUGGAGGAUACUUUACCACAAAAAAGAACUGCAGAUGUGUCAAAUGGAUUCAAAAGUCAGGGCUUUCAACCUUUCUUGACAGAUGCAGAUGUCAAAGAGAUUAAGAUACCUGUUAUGGGAGAUUGUGGUCACAUUAGUGGCAAAUGGUGGGGUCCUAGAGACUGUCAACCGAUAGUGGCACUACAUGGUCGUCAAGAUAAUUCAGGAAGUUUUGAUAAAUUAAUGCCGUUGCUGCCCAAUAUCUCUGUUCUUUGUUUGGAUUUACCUGGGCACGGUUUAUCUUCCCAUUAUCUAAAGGGUCAAUUCUAUUAUGUCUAUUGGGACAAUGUCAUAUUUCUUCGUAGAAUUGUUAAAUAUUUCAAAUGGGAGAAGGUAAAAUUGCUCGGGCAUUCACUGGGCGGUGCUAUAGGCUUCUUGUAUGCCGCAUCCUAUCCGGAUGAAGUUGAAUGUCUCAUAAGUCUGGACAUCGUUAGUCCGAGUGUACGAGACGUUAAAACAAUCGCUUCGAAUACUGGCGAAUAUAUCGAUAGAUUUCUGAAAUACGAGACGUUAACUAUGGAAAACAUGCCAACCUACGAAUACGACAAAAUGAUUGAUAUUGUGGAAAAUGCAUAUCAAGGUGGUAUCACGAGGGAGGGAGCGAAAAUAUUAAUGAAGCGUGGUAUGCAACCGCACGAAAACGGCACAUUUUGCUUUUCCCGUGAUGUAAGGUUGAAGGUUGCUCUUUUGGGCAUGAUCUCCAUGGAUUUAGUGCUCGCCUAUGCAUCUCAGAUAAAAUGCGCUUAUCUCAACAUUCGUGCCGUUCCUGGAAUGAAAUUUGAUCAGCCUGAAAAUUAUCAAAAAGUAUUGGACGUUAUAAGACAGUCGUCUAGAAAAUUUGAAUAUCACGAAGUAGAGGGUACGCAUCACGUACAUUUGAACAAACCUGACAAGAUAGCACCUAUAAUUAUUAAUUUUUUAAAUAAUUUUUAAUAAUUUGAUUAUUAGAAUGAAAUGUUAUUUAUAAAAUAAUAUAUUGUUACUUAAAAGUAGAUGUUUUGACGAACAAUCUAAAAUCUAAGCUAAAAGUACCCGGGCAAGUACUUUUAAGUGAAAAUUUAAAUUGGAAAAUACAUUGAAGUGCAUAUGUAGUUUUAUUGUACAUAUGUAGUUUUAUUGUACAUAACUUUAAAAUGUCAUGAACAAAAUAAAAAUUUAUUGAUUUGCGAAUAAAUUUUAAAGUUACAAUAAUAUAGUAGAUUAGAAACAUAUUAAAGUCAGUUAAUAAAUCUUCUGCUGUGUUGUAUGUAAAAUCAAGGUGCUUCAGUGUAACAACAACAAGAAACUGCUGUGAUAAAAGAUAAAUUAUGAUACUUCCGUAAAAUGUUUUUGUUAUACGUCAUAAAAUGCGCUUUUCCGAACGUUUAAUUAUGCUUUUACACUGUAACUAAAUUGAGUUGUUUUGUAUAGUUCGUCUUAUAAAAAAAGAAAAGAAUUGAUAGAAAAUAAAUUAUUUUGCUUCUACA